AUGAGACUCUCACCCGUUUUGCUUGGCCUGCUUGGCCUGGCUGGAUCCGCUGCGGCGGACCGAACGUGGCCUUCCAACGUUGACGAACUCGAGGAGAUCAUGUUCCAGAUCAAAUCGUUUCGAUCCCGCAAAUUUGCCGACACUGUGCAUCCCUGCUCCAGCGAAACUUCAGGUCCGGGUCGACAUGCUGCCGCCGAGUGGCUCCGAUCCGCAUUCCAUGACAUGUCAACCGCCAACACCUAUUUCAAAAUCGGUGGUCUCGAUGCUUCCCUGCAGUACGAACUGGACAACGGCGAGAACACGGGCCCCGGGCACAGGACGACACUGACGUUCAUGGGACCCUACGUGACAAGUCGCUCCAGCCUGGCCGAUUUGCUGGCUCUAGGAGUCUACAUGUCUGUUCGGUCCUGCGGCGGCCCUGGCGGUCCCAUCGUCCCUUUCCGUGCCGGUAGGAAGGACGCUCAUGGACCCGGCCCCAUGGGCGUGCCUCAGCCCCAGAAUUCGCCCCAGACGCUCCUGCAACAGUUUGACCGCAUGGGUUUCAACGCCGAGGAGAUGAUCAGGGUUACGGCUUGUGGCCACACCAUCGGAGGUGUCCAUGCUCCCGAGUUCCCCGAGCUGAUGCCCCCCCGGGGCGUUGUGAAUGGCAACGCGCCGCUGGAUUCCACAGACACCUUCUUUGACAACAAGGUUGUGACCGAGUACCUUUCUGGAACCACGCGCAACCCCCUCGUCGUCGGCAACUCGGUCAGGAUCCACAAGAACUCCGACUUCAAGGUGUACAACAUUGACGGCAACAAGACCAUGUCGACCCUGGCCGACCCCGACACCUUCAAGAAUUCGUGCCAGGGCGUCUUGGAGAAGAUGAUCAACGUGGUGCCUCCCGGAGUCUAUCUGACUGACCCCAUCGCUCCCUACACCGUCAAGCCUGUGGAUCUUCAGCUCACGCUCACGAAUGGCGGAAAGAGCCUCCAGUUCACGGGCUAUAUUCGCGUCAGGACCACCGGUCUCGGCGCCGAUGCAAUCAAGUCUGUUGCCAUCACCUACAAAAACCGGAAGGGGUCGGCCGACUGCGGAUCCAGCUCGUGCACCUUCACGAGCACCGUCCAAGGGGUAGGCAAGGGGUUUGACGAUACCUUCAGCUUCUACCCAAUCGAGGCAGUCAUCCCCGCCUCCCAAGGUAUUUCCUCCUUCACCGUGACCGUCAACAAGGCCGACGGCACAAGCAAGCUGCACGACAACAAUGGAAAGGGCUACCCUCUUCAAGACGACGUCUUGUUCCAGGCGCCUCAAAGCUGCAUCUCAGGCAAGUCUGGCGUCCUCACCGUUGUAGCUGCCGUCCGCAACGAUGUGGCUGGCAACGGCGCCAAGGCCAGCAUCUGGUACAAGGUACCCCAGCCCAACAGUCCUGUUCCUCACUUGGAGAACACCGUCGUGCCCCUCAGAAAGGACACCUGUGCCGGCAAGUACACCUUGUUCUCCGCCGACUUCCACGUCCCCGGUGGCUCGCCCUACCAAUCUCGAGUCGACGUCAUUGCCGGGGACAAGGCCGACACUUUCAAGCCAGUCACCCACAUUGGCGGGACCUGCGCCGCCUUCGCAGGCGCCAGGGCCUGCGGAGGUUGGAAGCCGCAGGAGCCGCGUGACAAUCCCACAACCGCUUCGAGCUCCGGAUCCGUGCCUUCCCCCGCGGCCAACGGCACCGUCGCCACCACGUCCGCGGACCAGCCUUCGAGCACGCAAGCUGGAGCCCCCACGCACCGCGCGACCGUCGGCGGGUACAAGUAUGUUUCUUGCUGGAGCGAAGGCGUCGGUGCUCGGGCUCUAAGUGGAGGAGUUGGAUUUGCCAACGACACCAUGACUCUGGAGAAGUGCGCCGCCUACUGCAGCGCUUAUACUUACUGGGGUACCGAGUACGGUCGCGAAUGCUAUUGCGGAAACUCGAUUGACAAGUCCAGCGCAGAAGCCUCUGUCGGUGAGUGCAACAUGGUUUGCGGAGGCGAUGCGGGCGAGUACUGCGGCGGCAGCAACCGGCUUGCAUUAUACUCAACCACCAGCGCUCCCGCCUCAGCCACCCCUACGGCCACGUUGAGCCACAAGGCCAACGUGUCGCCAUAUACGCUGGUGGGUUGCUGGGCCGAGGGCAACGACGCCCGAGCGCUCAAGCAAAACUUUACAACGAGCGACAAGAUGACGCUGGAGGCCUGCGCGACGUUCUGCAAGUCGUACAAGUACUUUGGCACCGAGUACGGGAGCGAGUGCUACUGCGGCAGCUACCUGACGGGCGGCAGCAAGUCGGCGCCCUCGGAGGAGUGCAACAUGGCAUGCUCCGGCGACCCGUACCAGUACUGCGGCAGCGCCAGCCGUCUGGAGCUGUACCGGAACCCGAACGUGACGACUGGCAAUCCCGAGCAAGCGGCUGCCGUCGGGGACUACGCCCUGGUAGGGUGCCAGACGGAGGGCAACGGAACGCGCGCCUUGGGGGCAUCGAGCCUGGCGCAGGACGACAUGACCAACGAGGUGUGCGCCAACUGGUGCAAGGACUACGACUACUUUGGCACCGAGUACGGACGAGAGUGCUACUGCGGAAACAAGCUGGAUGCCUCGUCCGCCGCGGCUCCGGCUGCGGAAUGCGGGAUGCUCUGCGCGGGCAGCGAAGCCGCGUACUGCGGCGCCAGCAACAGACUGUCGGUUUACAAGAAGAAGAAGCAGCAGCAAACGGCCGCAUCUCGACGCGGCUCUGGCGGCGGGGAGGCGCCACAGGGCAGAGAGCAAAGGAAAAGAUGGUGA